GUUAUGUGACGAUGGGAGCGGUACCUCCAGGUCAGGUGUGGUCCCAGCAGGCGUUUGCAGCCCAGGCAGGUCCUCUGUUCGGGGUCCCGUCCCCCCUGGGUCAGUCCCUCCCUGUGGCCCAGGUUAUGCCUGGAGGCCAGCCUCUCAUCUGGGGCCAGGCCAACCUCUUCCCUGCUACACAGCAGCAGUGGGCCGCCAUGACUGGAGCAGGGUUCCCUGCUACAGCCUACCUCCCAACCCAGCCAGGGUCUCUGCCUGCCAUGUUCCUCCCAGUCAAUCAACCCUGCGACAGCCUAUCAUCUGCCGGCGCUGCCUCGAACCCCGCCCCCUCAUCAGCCUCCAGUCCACAGCAUGCAGAGAGGCAGCGGCAGAAGAUGAGCAAGGAGAUGUUUAAGGACUUCCAGCUAGCGAAGCCCCCUGCCAUGCCUGCUAAGAUGGGAGACCAGCACCAAAGUCUAGCGGGGACCUCAGAGGCCUUCGGUUCCUAUUUCAGCCGCGUGGGGACCGUCACCGAUACAGACGACUGUGACGACUUUGACAUCUCUCAGCUCAACCUCACUCCUGUCACCUCCACCACGCCAUCCACUAACUCACCUCCGACCCCGGCCCCCAGACAGAGUUCUCCAUCUAAAUCGUCGCUGUCUCACGUUAGUGACCACAUUGACCACAUCAGUGACCCUCCCACAGACGCCACCGACCCCCCCACAGAUGACUCGUUCGGCGAGGUAGAGGGCUCCCCCAGUCGCAGUGGAGAGGAGGAUGCGGGGAAGGAUCUCUGUCUGCAGGGGAAGGAUCCUCUCUACGCCCAGGUCAACAAAGGGAAGAAAUAAAGAGACACACUGAACACUGGACACUGGACUGACCAACCAACGCUGACCAACCAACCCGAUGUGUGUGUGUGUGUGUGUGUUACUCCUCUCAAGCAGCAGCCUGGCCACCCCUCUAUCAAAUGAUAGAACGCUCCAUCUACUCCCUCUACUCUCUUUUCAUUCAUUCCUUUCAUCUCUCCGUCUCUCUCUCUCUCUCUCUCUCUCUCCCUCCAUCAAACGUUGCUAGAGACUAUGCUGCCAAAAGGGGGCUGGGCCAAGUGUUGUCUCCCUUCCUAACUCACACAGUGUUAUCAGACAUGGACCAAAUUAGUGUCUGUAGCAAGUGGAUCCUGUGGGACGAGCCAGGAAUGGUAUGCUGGGAUCCUUAUUUUUGAUUAGCCAGUUUAUUGGGAUCUUGGCAUCUGAUUGGCUGUUUGGGUGUUUCACCUUCAUGUGAGCAUCUGCUGGAUGACUAUGCAGAAACAGACUCUCUGGGAGCUACUCACACACACACACACACACACACCGACACAGUGUUUUGCCAAAUGUCUCUUCUCAGACAGAUUCAGAGGGAAGGCUUCAGAGGGAAUGGACUCAGCGGGGCAUGGAUGUUGCCAGCCUAACGGGCACCGCCUGGCAUGGACGAACAUUGCCAAAUUACCGGGCACCCCCGCCUUCGGAUGGAUGUUGCCAAACUAACUGAUUCUGUGAUUGAACUGCUCAUUCUCUAUAAUAGCUUUUGUACAAUAUCGAUUAAAACAGACAAGGGGAAAUUGAGUUUUUAUUUUAUAAAUCCAUCAAGACGCUCUACUGUCAGCUCUACUGGAGUUGCACAGUCACACGGCUUUAAGAGACCUGAUCGUUGGUUUGCCAAACUCAUUUUGUAAAUAAUAAUAAUAAUAACAACAACAACAACAAUGAAUUUGCUGUCCGCAGGACUUCUGUGCCAUAAAAUAGGCAGGCUUCAGUUAUGCAACCAGAAGGUAUCAAGCAAUACCAACAUCUCCUCUGUCUGUCUGUCUGUCCAGGUUUCUGUUGCUCUCUCAACCCUUGACGUUGUUUGGUCUAUGAUCCUAUAAGUGUCUUUCCCUAACUCAGACCUCGUCUACACUGCAGUCUUUUGUUGAUCAAUAUCCAUGUGCCCUGUAACCUCGUACAGUCAUACCAUCAUCCUGUCUGUGCGUCAUAUAAUCUCUCAGUCUGAGUGACAGGAGCAUUACCCAUCAUCACAACCACACCAGACACUCCCUACAGCUGUAUGUCUGUCAUCGGCCCCUAGUCCUGCUCGGCUGUCUGUCUCCAUGUCUGUCUGUCUGCCGGUCUAUCCGUCCGUCUGUCUCUGCUAGUACUACAUCAACUGUGAUGCCAAUGACUCCCUAUUUUAUGGCCAGAAUCUCUGUGUAAUUAGACUUCUCUGGACUGACAACUGAUUAAUAACGACGUUUGGACAAUAGAAGAAGAAGAUGAGGAAGUGGACUAAAAGGGGGAAAAAAUGCUGUUUGAUUACGUAACAUUUCUAGACAUAUUUUAACCUUACCUCAGAUAACGGUUUCUUAAUGUAAAUUGACACAUUAUUUUUAUCUUUAUGAAUACAACAGCAUUCUACAGUGAAUUUUUAGAGGACUUUUAUUUUCUGUUGAUUUACAUCUCCACCAUGUAUUACAGUUCCUAUUAAACACAUCCCAAUGACA